UCAUUACGGUCAAUGUCAUAUGUUUUGCUUAUUGUUUAUUAUUAUAAGAAAAUUACCUGCCAAGAGUAAACAAAAUGUCAGGAGAAAAAGAAUAUAUUGUUAAAAAAGUCUUAUAUACGGGUACCAAACCGAUUGCAUUUAAAGAUGGCACAAAGAUAUUUUUCCACUUUCAAACCAAACUCUGCAACCCAGAAGGCACUUUAUUGGACGACUCCCGAAAAAUGGGCAAGGGCGAACCUCUACACAUCGUUUUAGGGAAGAAAUUCAAGCUGGAAGUGUGGGAGGCCAUUUUGCAAAAAAUGGCCUUAAAUGAAGUUGCACAGUUUAAAGUUGACAAAACUCUAAUAAUGCAAUACCCAUUUGUCUCAAAAACUCUAAGAGAUAUGCACAAACCAAAAGAUGAGAGACAUCACACUCACAAUUGCGCCAUGAGUCUUCAAACCGAAGGUGUAGGGUAUGAUGACUUAAACGAUUUAUUGAAGCAUCCACAAGACUUGGAAUUUACUAUGGAGAUAGUAAGUGUCCAACAACCAGAUGAAUAUGAGAAGGAAUCAUGGCAAAUGGACGAGAAUGAACAGAUCGACAUGAUCCCCAAACUGAAAUUGCAAGGUAAUCAAGAAUACGGAAAGAAAAACUAUGAAAAGGCAGCCGAGAUGUAUGCCAAAGCGAUUGGAAUGCUGGAGCAGCUAAUGAUCAAGGAAAAACCGCACGACGUUGAGUGGAACGCCUUAAACACCCAAAAGUUACCACUUUUACUAAAUUUUGCCCAAUGUAAGCUGAACGAGAAAGAUUUUUAUCCGGUCAUUACCCACUGUACAGAAGUUUUAAAAUAUGACAAAGAUAAUGUGAAGGCAUAUUUUCGCAGAGCCAAGGCUCAUGUUGCCGUAUGGAACCCAAGAGAAGCCAGAGAAGACUUAGAGAAGGUCAUGACUUUAGAUCCCAGCCUGGUACCGUUCGCCAAGACAGAAUUGUUAAAGUUAGAAGAGAUGCAAAAGGUUAAGGACUUGCAAGAUAAGGAGAAACUAAAGAAUAUGUUUAAGUAGUUUUUAGAUUUUUUUUUAAUGUGGCAUUUAUAUAUUAUGUUCUUAUAUAUUAUAUUAAAGUUAUAUGUGUUUGUUAA